UGUGUGAUUAUGCUCUAUUUUAUAUAAAUAAUUUGAGAAAGCGAACACGGACCAGAAUGAUUUUUACUAGUAUGUACAAGUUCUUAGUCAAAAAAUCUGUAACUGAGCUGACCUUUUUCUUUUUGGAUCCAAUAUUGUGCUAGCUCUUAAUAGUUAACUUUAGAUGGCAGCUCUAGGGGGAUUUGAUUUAAGCUAAAUAUUUGCCAAGGAAAGAACUUUGAAUGCCAGCUGGAAAUGGCCCCUCCCCUUUCCCAGAUGGCCUAUCAUAGAUAACACAUUCUGUGUGUGUGUGUGUGGUGGAAAUAGUACCCUGUGUAUAUGUUCUUGCAUUAGGCAAGCAGUGAUAAGCAAGAAGAGAAGUCCUUUGUAAAGAAGUAAACUUGUGGGAAGACUGAAAGUCACGAUCCAGACAUAUGGCAACUGCAGGAAAGGUAAGGAAGACUGUUUUUAUGGCUCAGUCUAUCUAAAUCUAUCUAAACACAACAUGCUAAUGUUUGCAUUUGCACAGAUGCUACAUUGCUUUGAAGAGGAAAGAGCUAAGUGUUGCUACAUCCCCAUUGCGAAAGCAGAGACACCUCCUCUGAUUUUCAUUUUUGCAAAUUCACUUCGCAGCUGCAAAGACCAAGCUGGAAAAACUUAUCUCCUACUUGUAGAUUCCAAACAUGAGCCUGCUUGAUACACGCGGAGGAGACAAAGAGCAGGAUGUUAUAUUUUCCCGACAAUGCUAAAAAGCUGGCAUUGUAUUGUGUAGGCGUUAAAUAAUAAAGGAAGAAGUUCUGGAUUUAAAGGUUGUCUCAACCACAACUGGCAGGCUCAUGUUUGGAAUCUAAAAGCUUUACCCAAGUUACUAUUUUUAAAUAAUCCAUUACAUAUAUAGAGAUAAAAUAUUUUUACAAACCUUACCAACUUAUUUUGAUAAGAAACCUGUCAUUUGUAUAAUGAUGCAUGUAUAUAAUUACAGUGUUCCCAGCAGCAUAUGUUGUUUGACAUUGUCUUGCAUCUAAUUGCAUCAGUGCAUAAGAAGACUCCGUUUUUCAAUUAUGCAAAUAUUCUUGGCCUUUUGCCUCAGAAAGCAUACUCUCUAGUUUGAUUUACAAGUCAGUAUUUUUAUCUCCCAUCUGCGGUGGAAAUUAAACUCUGUAAAGUGUGAUGCAAAAGCUUAGAGUUGUACUAUGCCAUAGGUCAUAAUCUGACUCAGGUGCCCUGUUAAAAGAAUUUCAAGCAGGAGAGUAGGAAGGAGCAGAGUCAGCCAGAUGUGAUACCUGCUGGCAGUAUCAUAACAAGAAAGAUUGCCAUACAACUCAGUACAGUGGUACCUCGGGUUAAGAACUUAAUUUGUUCUGGAGGUCCGUUCUUAACCUGAAACUGUUCUUAACCUGAGGUACCACUUUAGCUAAUGGGGCCUCCCGCUGCUGCUGCCGCUGCGCCACCAGAGCACGAUUUCUGUUCUCAUCCUGAAGCAAAGUUAUUAAUCCGUGGUACUAUUUCUGGGUUAGCGGAGUCUGUAACCUGAAGCGUCUGUAACCUGAAGUGUCUGUAACCCGAGGUACCACUGUAUAAGGGAGCUCCUUAAAUAUCUCCAUUCUGAGCUUUGUGACAUUCCUGAUUCUAAACGGAUGAAGUGUUUUAUGCACGUUCAUGUGUCCUGGAGAUAUAAGUGUGCACCAUUUCAAAGAAACACAAUGUUCUUCAUAUUAAAGGGAGAAGUAAGACAUGAACCUUUGGACAGCUUUGCAUGUUACAACAAAUAUGUCAACAUGAAGUGCAGGUGUUGCAUCCCCCUCAUGGCCCUUCUAGCGCAAUGUAAGGGGGAAACAAUUUGCAGGAGUGAGAUAUGACAACUGGUUUUGUAUUUGGAGCUGAUGUCUCUCACCCUUGCAAACUUUAAGACAUUAUACCAGAAACACAUUUAUCUUUACUGAUCCCUCUCUCUUUGUGUGUGUGUGUGUGUGUGUGUGUGUGUGUGUGUGUGUACACUGUAUAUCUAUAGCUAUAUCUAUAGCUAUAGCUAUAGCUAGAAAUUCAGUUCUCCACAUUUAUGUAGCAAUUUGUGAUUACAAAAAAAAUCCUCAUGAUAAUUUGUCAGUGUUUCAGUGCAAUUUUUUCCUAAUAAACACAUCUAUGUAUGCAGAUUUGACUAAUCUUUUUGCAAACAAUUUGCCCAAAUAUAGUGAACUAUUUUUUACACACACACACAAACAUACACAUCUAUGAAUGACUUUUUAUGCACAUUCCCUCCUAAUAGUUGCAUUUUUGUACACCUUUUCUCGAUUGGAAAACAGCACUGCAAAAUGAAAAAAAAAAGCACAAAAUUCAAACAGCUGUGUUUUGGUUAAAUGAGUCCUAAUUAGGAAACAGGAUCAAAUUCCUUCCCCAUCCCUGGAUGUUGCAGGGAACAGUUUCUCCAGCCUAGGCUUCUCCCCUACACACCUGUUUUGAAGGUGCCAGGAAUGUUUUGUACAGAGGAGGGGUCAAGCAAGCCUCUACCUGCAACCUGUGAAGGGAUACUACCUGGAAACAGGACUACAAAUCUCACCUGAGGUGUUGCAGGUUCAACAUUGGGAAUAAUCCCCACGUUUACCCAUACAUGGCAGAAACUAUUCUUCAUUUAAUGGGGAUUAAAUGAUGCAACUUAUGUACUAUUAAAAAGCCUUAUAAAGUGCCUUAUAAACGAAAGAACUGGGUGUGGACCUUGACUCUUCUGGUAUAUUAACUGCAUACCACAAUAAUUAUGUAACUGAAUGCUGGAGGCAGAGAUUCAGAAAAGGCUGCUGUUAGUGGUAAACAGCUCAGAAGAGCUGUAUUUCGAGGAGAGACUUUUAUAAUAGCUUGUGGUGCAACAGUCAUGCAAGAAUCCACAGCUUAUCAUGAACUACACAGAGUUUUAUGCAGGGUGGAUAAAAAUCAAUGAUUUUUUUUCAAAAAGUCUUACUUACUUACUUUUUUUCAAGUCUUACUGACUAGUGAUUUAAAUCAAAUCCACCCUGGUUUUAUGUAUGUGGGAUUCUUGACAGUGCAGUCUCCUGUAAUACCCAAAUUCCCAUUUUUUGUGUUUCUUUAAUAUGAAUGAAGCCUAAGGGCAUGAAACAGAAGGCUCAAAACUGGUGAGGGGAACAGAUACACAGCAAAGGACUUCCGGGCAUGAGCAUAGCCAAGGGGGGUCAGGGGGCAGGUCCCCCCCCCAUGAAGUAAAUCAAUAAAAAUACCUAACUAACUGAGGGUCUGCCCCCCGUAACAUGAAGCCUGUCAGGAGCUUGUCCUACACUCGAGUAGGAUCCUGGCAGAGACACAUGCCCAACUGGCAUGUUCUCUCCCUCCUGGUUGAAUGUUCGGGAACUUCAAAAGCUUUCUUCAGCCCAAAAAUCACAGUGACCGAUGCCAACAGACCUUGGCACACUUAGGGAUCUGCAAAGUCUUUGCAGUUCGCAUGACAGACCUUAGCAUUUUGGCUAAUCUACUUUAUUUACAUAUAAACACACAUGGAGCACUGCAACAUGGUUCCCUCUCUCUCUAGCAUCAGACAGCAAAGAGAGAGAGAAUGAAGGACAAUAGUCCCAUUUCACGGAACACAGUAACACAAACAUCCUGUCUCCAUCACUUCCCACUCUGUGGAGUCAAAACAUACCACAUCAUGUGAAAAACAACAAUUCCAUGACUGUAAUCACGGAGCAGGAAUUCUAACAAAGCCUGCCCUCCCCAACAUAAAUCCUGGCUAUGCCCAUGCUUCAGGGUUGUUGUAUCAAACUAAUUCGUGCCUAUAUCCCACUGUGGAACACUUCAUGUGAUGUCCUAGGAAUCUGAUUCAGAGGCUGAACCGGAAGAAUCCCAGCCUGCACAGGAGUCCCCGUCUCCAGGGCCGGCUGAACUGGGGCAGGGCCUUGAUUCUGAAGCGCCUGCACCUGUGCCAGAUCCUCAGGAGCAGGCACCAGGUGAAUCCACUCUGGCUCCGGAGGUGGUUGAGGACUCAGUGCCUACAGGUGAGUCUCCCCCUGGGUCCAGUAACCCUUCAGCCUCUCCUGAACUGCAGAGGCUCAGGGCAGAGAGGCGGAGGGAACUGGUUUCUCCCAGGAGGAGUGCUCGCCUUAAGGCCAGGAGAGGCGGGUCUCCUGGGGGCCGGGACCGCCCCUGGCCUCAGAGAAGAUAAAGGCCAGUCAGCCCGGUCCUAGGUUGCGGGAGCAACGUCGUUGAAGAGCUGUUUCAGCCAGCACCCAGUCCAGUUCCCCCAGAGUUCCUGUCCUUGCCCGGCUCCUCGCUGUGGAUACCGCUUUAUAGCGGGAAGGUAAACGGCGUUUCCGUGUGCUGCCCUGGUGCCGGUUCGCCGGAGGAGCUUCGUCACGCUGGCCACGUGACCCAGAAGUGUCUGCGGACAGCGCUGGCUCCCGGCCUCUAGAGUGAGAUGAGCGCACAACCCUAGAGUCUGUCAAGACUGGCCCGUACGGGCAGGGGUACCUUUACCUUUACCUUUACCUUUACCUAAGCUCACCAUGAACUUCUGCCUUGUUCUCUUAAGAGUGGCAAUGGCGCCAUGUUGUUGUUUUUGAAGCCCACAACAGAUACAUAAAUUAUGUUAAAUAGCCAACAGUGACUCAAAUAAUGUAGUAUAUGGCAAACUGCACCAAAACGGAAACGGUGACAAAGACAAGCGCUUCUCUUGUACACAUUUCUGGGUGUACAACCUAGUUCACAGAAAGGCUGCAGUCCUAAACAUACUUACUAGGAAGUAAGUCCCAUUGAACACAAUGGGACUUACUUUGAGCAAACACAUGUAAGAUUGAGGCACAAAAGUUUUGUGUGGAAAUUGCAGAGGGUAUCUGGCAUGUAUCUCUGCUUUUUCAUUUUUGAUGGUUGUAACACACUUGGCACCUGCUAGUGUAGUGCAGGUAAUAAAAAUUGUUGUUGUUGUUGUUACUAUUAUCUGAGCAUCUUCUAUAUCUGUUUAUUUUGAGUGGCUAUUUUGAGGUGAAGGGCACAGACUGGAUUGUAUGAAGACAGAAUUGCUAUAUUCAAGUGGAUGGGUUGAAGAGUGGUAACUAAGAACAUAAGACAAGCCUGCUGGAUUAUGCCAGUGGCCCUGCUCUCUCGCUGGAAUAGAUGGACCAAUGGUAUAGCAUAGUCCAGACAACCCCUGUAUGAACCCCAAGCUGUUAGGGUGAGCCAGGCUGCAAACUGAGCAAAUACAUAAUGUCUUGUUGGAAGAGGGAGAGAUUAUUUUUGCCAGCAGUCUGAACUGAUAAUUUGGAGAGCAAUUUUGAAAUAAGGCCUUGGGGCCAAGGUUGCGCAAGUGGCAAACUCCAUGCUGACUAGAGCAACUCUAAGGUUGCAAUCUUAACUGAAUCAUUAUAAGGUACACUGUGAAAUUCAUCUCUGACCUGUUUUGAUUGGCUCCAUUUCCACAGGUGAUAAAAUGCAAAUGCAUAAUGUCUUGAGUUUCCUGUGACAUUAUUGUUCCUUACUUUCUCCUUUCUGUUUAGCUGGCCUUACACUCUGCAUAUCACUCCAAUUCCAUUUCUUAUUUCCCCUUUUCCUGUAGUUGCCAGCAGCAGUGGAAUACAGAUGUUUAGUUUGGAUUAACUUAUCCAAACAGAGCCAGAGAUUGGAGGUGGCCAGAAUUGGAUGCAAUUGUUAUACUGCAGGGGUUGAGUGCAGAGGGGACAGAGGUGGAGACCGAGGAAAUCACUCUUCUUGUUUUCUGAUGUGUUUGUUUUGUUAUCAUCUUUUAAAACAGCACACAGAAUGUAGGUGGGGGGAAAGUUGGCCAGACUGUGUCUCUCCUCCAAUCUCACAUUUGAACUCAGGAAAACUGUGAAUGUACCAUUACUUUUAAAAGGAACGAAAAACUGUCACACAGAUGCUAAAAAGAAGGGUAAAAUGGCAGCAAAACCUGCUGUUUGGCAAGUAAUAGCACAGGAUGAGGACAACUGAUCUCUGCUGGGGCUUAGAUUUUAAGUCCUCAGUGGCUUGGGACCUAAUAUCUGAGGGAAAGCCUCCUCCCAUAUUGUCCUGCCUUUGAAAUUCAUCUUUGAUCUUGUUUUCAUUAACUCCAUUUCCACAGGUGAUUAAAUGCAAAGCUGCAAUCAUCUGGGAAGUUGGCCAAAUGCCUUCUGUGGAGGAGGUGGAGGUUGCACCACCAAGAAGUCAUGAAAUUCGAGUGAAGGUAAAAUAUAUUAUUCCAAAAGGGAAGGUGCUUUCAUUCAUUGUUGUAGUGGCUGAGGAUCUUGUGCCUAAACUCUGAAAGCUUGGAUAGGGGAGUCUUGAGUGGUGGAGGAAUGGUUCUGGAAGACUUAUACUUAAAACUCAGAAGUUAUUCUUUCCUCACCAGUGUCUAUUGACAAGGCAGCUCCUGGCAGAACUGAAUGGACUCCAUGCAAAAGAAGAAAGAUCCUGCAAAAUUCUCAAUCAGAUUUGUGCAGAAUUUCAACAAUAGUUUUGGUGUGAUUGCAUUUGAAACUUACACAGCAAUAAGAAGCAAUGCAUAUCCAAAAGCUCCGAGCACGUUCAAACAAGAUUAACAGUGAAAGAUUCUCCCUGUUAUCUUUCAUACAAAGAUUAUCCAGUGAUAUGACUCCAGCCCCUGAAUCAUGCCACAGCUGCAGUCUGAAAUAAGUCAACCCAGGCACAAUUUUACCAUAUUGUAAUACCAUCUGAUGAUUUACCUGGUAUGCUUUGACCAUACCGGGACCUGCUUAGCUUCUUCAAAGUGGUAGCCUCAUGUGCCUUUAGAUCAUAUCCUCCGAAUAUGUAUUUCUGGCUAGUCCUUUGCAUCACAGUUAGUAAAAUAUGAACGAGAUCAAGUGGGUAACAUUCUUCCUGAAACUUCCCAUGUGAGCUGGUCCUCUCUGUGAAUACCUGAUUCUUUGAGGGCUCUGUUUCCAAACUAUUUCUCCAUCAGGGGAUGCACUUGUAUUAACAGGGUAUCUGCAUGAUCUCCUGUUCACCUGGAGACCCAUGUUUAUGACAGAGACAAAAAAAUUCAGUGCCAGUUCCUGAUGAAUAUGUGUGCUAGGUGGAAGCAGUGAAAGUACUGGAAUCAUAUUUUGCAUUCCCCCUGCAGAUAGUGGCCACUGGGAUCUGUAGGACGGAUGAUCAUGUACUGAAAGGCAUUUUCCCAAACAUAGAGUAUCCAGUUAUUGUGGGUCACGAAGGAGCUGGAAUUGUUGAAAGUAUUGGACCAGGAGUCACUUCUGUAAAGCCAGGUAAGGAUGGGGCAGAUCAGAAACUCAGAAGUGCCUGUGUAUUGGACACCACUAGGAUUUGCAAGCAUGGUGUAAAUAGCUUGACUACACAUCAGCCCCAGCAAUCAAGGCCCAAAAUGUUGUGGUGAUUUGGAGGUUCAAUCUGAAAUCAAGCUCCCCCCCACCCUUUUCUGUUUUCCUUUUGGUGUCCUCUACUGUGGGUUGGUGAAGGACCCUAUGUGAGAGGCAGGCAAGGAAAGAGCACCCAGGGUGGGAGGCGGGGGUGGGAUAAAGGGAAGCUCCCAGGUGAGAGCUGCGAGGGUCCGCUCCUUUUUGUGUGAGAUAAGGGUUAAGAGCUACCUUUGAGAGAUGACUUUGCAUUUUCUUUUCUUUCUUUUGUUCUUGUUUUCAUUUAUUGUAUUGUAUUAUGAAAAAGCUUCAAUUUAAAAAAAAAUAUGCUGGGGGGGGGGGGGAGAAGAGAUUGCAUAUGCUAAGGAUCCUUGCCCACCAUCAGAUUUCCUUUGGGCACUGAUGCCAACCCUGGAAAUACAUUUAUCCUUUUCCAACAUUCCUUGUUAAUAUCACUGUGUUUCUCACCCAAGAAAGCAAGCAAGUACACCCUGGCAGAAAUGCUUUGGCUUUAUUGGUUGACAAUAAAAGCUUCCUAAAGUGCAAAGGAGCCCUCUGUGUACUGGCUACAAAUAAAUCAGGAAAAGGGGGUUAGAUAAAAUCACUAUAUUUUUUUUAAAAAUGAUAUUUAUUAAGAAUUUUAAAAUUACAAAGAAAAAAGAAGGAAAAAACAAGAGAAAGAGAAAAAGAAAGAAAAAAGUAGAUAAAAGUAACAAUUAAACAAUACAAAUCAAUAAAAACCAAAGUCAAAAAGAAAAAACAAAACACACAAUACAUCAAAAUCAAAAAGCAAAAAUAAACAAAAAAAAUUAAAAACAAAUCCCAUAUUCCCAGAUCCUUAACUAUCAUUAACUUAUUUCAUCGACCUCCUCACACCUCCCUUUUUUGUAUUCUAGUUGUUAAUUAUCUCAGCAAAUCCUUUCCAUCUUUCACAAUAUUCUGUCAUUAAAUUACCUUAAUCUAUUUUAACCUUAUCUUCCCAUAAAAACCCUAAAACUUAAAACUUAAAUCUUAUUUAUACCAAAUUCUCUUAACCAUAACAUAUUCUUACAUAAUUCUUUUUAACAUUUCUGCUAAAGCCAAAUAAUUUCAUUCCAACAUUUUUCUAAUACUCAUUAAUUUUACAAUACUUUUCUAAAUAAAUUUUUAAAACUUUCUUCCAAUCUUCAUCCAUCGUCUCUUCUUCCUGGUCUCGGGUUUUGUCAGUCCUUUCUAUCCCAUCCAUCUAGUCCAUCAACCUGGUGACCUUAUAUCCGAGGCUCUUAAGUCUUUUCCAUGUCCCUUCCGCAGGUCUUCUUCAUGUUUAUACCUGUACCUUACUUUGUCUUCUGCUCCUUUCACUCGGGGAGACUCCAGCUUGACAAUAUUUUUGUCCCUUCUCGACAAGUCAGCCCCUUUUCCAUAGUCAACACUGAAAUCCAUGUGAUAUUUAAAGGCAUGUUUCAAGGUCCCUCCAAAGUUAAAGGCCCCCACAACUCCGAGCUCCCCCCGGCCCAAAGCCAGACUUGAAAGGUCAAAACAUCCCUGCUUAGGGGGGUCUAUCCAGCCCCCCAUCUCCAAGCCAAACUGGACUCCAUCUCUCCAAAUCUGACUUUUUCCAGGUUCGUUCGUCAAAUCCAACAACUCAUGUUCCUGCUGGGCCACAGCUCCCUCCAUCUCUGCCACCCGAGGUCCAGCAACAACCUCCUCCCUCAUCUGAUCUGUCAAAGCACAUUCCUGAAUUAAUUCCUGAGUGGGUUCUAUAUAGGUACCCACUGCCUGUCCAAAAUUUCCAAUCGCAACCGUCAUCAAAUCCAUCUUCUCAUGUAACUGUUCCAAAAAAGCACUUGUUUUGCAAAAGGCAAGCACCAGAGCCUCUGAGCACAUUCUUGUUCAAGGUCGAAGUCUGGUCCCACGAUCUUAAUCUAUUACAGCUGCAAAGCUCCCCAGUUCGACUUUAAUGCUCCCUCUAGGGGAAACAAUUUCUAUUUGUAUCCAUCUUUUUUUUUUUUUUAAAGCAGAUCUAGCAACAAAGUUUUCCUUUUUCGGAUAUUUUGUCAAUAUUUUGUUCCUUUUAAAUGUGAAGGGGAACAAUGGAAUCAAUAUGUUUCUCUUCUUUUAACUAUCUGUCAAAAACGUUUGUCCAUAGUCAAUGAACUUCCCCAAAGCGUCUGGUGUGACACCCCGCUCCCAGGUUCAAGACGGUGGGAAAUUGCCUUUCUUUACUCUCCCUUCUGCAGGUUUAAACAGUCUAAAAAAGGUUCCCCCCCUCUUCUCCUGCUUCCAAGGGGGGUUCAGUAAUUUUAAAUGAUGAAAAUUUGAUCCUUUACAGACGACUUUCUAAACUCUAGCUUGCCGUGUCUUUGCUUCAAUCUAUCUACAAAAGCGGAAGGCGGACUUCCUGUUUAGACCUUCCCGCUUCAGUGCCAAAUUAAAAAGUUUCUUAAUCCUAUUUUCCGUUCUACUCACGGGCAGUUGUUUAAAAUCCAAUUGUCCACAGGAAAAAGUCAGCGCUCUCCGGCAACAGCAAUGCGGCUUCACUCCGUGAAAGAAGCAAUCGAUUCAAAGCACCGCGCCACUCACCCCACGUCACUCCGGAUCCCCAAAACCGGGUUUCCCCGCAAGUAGGGGGGGCGCAAAGGUGCCAGCCGAAUCCCACGUCCACAGGCUUCUCCCGCCUGUGGUUUUUGAUGGGUCUCCCCAUCGCCGUGGCGGUUCAGACCCUGCUUUCCAUGGAGCGGAUUCCUCCCGAUCGGAGGAAAUCCGCCAUUGCCAGAGGCGCCAACCCGGAAGUCUCUAGCUAAAAUCACUAUAAAUUGUUGUGGCGAUUUGGAGGUUUAAUCUGAAAUCAAGCUGGAUUUGAGUUUCUGUGUGUUUCUGGUAACUUCUCUCCCUUACAUCAUGGAUGUUGGCUUACAUUAUGCAUGGAUGUUCUGUAUUUCAUUAAUACUAUUGCUACAAGUUUUUCAUGGCCUUUGAAUAGAACAAUAAGCCUAUGAACUUAAACUUUGUUCUUGUCCUUGUUGUUUUCCCACAAGGUGACAAAGUCAUUCCUCUUUGUAUUCCCCAGUGUGGAGAGUGUGGCUGCUGUUUAAGUCCUAAAGCUAACUGCUGCCUCAAGUCCCAGUAAGUUCAUCUGGCAUCUUCUAUUAAAGAUUUGUUUUUCUUAGUAAUAUGGAAAAUUAGUAUUUAGUCCAAUUUACGAUACAGACCAGUCUGAAUCUUCACAAACAGCCUCUGUGAACCUCUUCAAAAUUUGAUGCCAGAUAAGACCAGCAGGUUCACCUGCAAAGGGAAACAGAUCCACCACUUCCUAUGGACGAGCACAUUCUCCGAAUACACAGUUAUGCCUGAGGUUUCCAUUGUAAGAAUCGACAAUGAUGCUCCACUGGAUAAAGUCUGCCUCUUUGCCUGUGGGUUUUCUACUGGCUAUGGAGCCGCAGUCAAUUGUGCCAAGGUAAGAAUCAAUUCACAUUUCUGUUUCUCAAAUAAGUGAAACAAGAGUUUGCUUACUCCCUGCUGGAGAAGAGAGGCACCUUCAGAGAUCACUUUUCCAAAAAAAACCAGCUGAUGCUACUUGAACUUCCCUGCUCUCACUGGGUCAAGCCUCCCAACAGUACCUCUAAAAGGAAGCAGCAAAAGGCUGUUGUUUGGGUAAGUCAUUGUGUUUUGAUCUUACUUUCCAGGCAUUGUUAGUUCGCCAGCUUUACUCCCCAGAAGUCCCCUUUCCAGAGUUUCCCUCAAGCAAUCAGAGACUGUAUCUGUGUGAACCUAACCUCUUCUCCUCCCUUUUCAUGCCUCUUCUGGUUCUGAGAGAUAAGUGGGGAGGGAGCAUGUCACAGCAGGAGGGGGAGACACCCAUGACUCUUCACCAGCCUGAUUCAUCUCUGCCUCUUGGUGUAUCUCCAGUCACCUCCCAGCUUUAGCUUCUCCCUCUGAUUCUGGACUUCUCUGCGCAACAAACUUUCCCAGCUCACUAAACCCUGUUACUUCUUCAGCUUCCGACACCAUCUCUUCUCCCUGUGACCACUCAUCAUUGUCCCACCACCACACCCCAGGCUCUGAGUCUUCCUCUCUUUGUGAUUCUCCAGCUAAUUCCUCCCAACAUUCCUCUUCAUCCAACCAGUCCAUGACAUAUUUUGUAUCCCAUCUUUCCUUUCAGGAGCUCAAGGUGGCAUAUGCCCCAACUAGUUUAGGUCCUACAAUAUUCCCAGUGACUCACCCAAGGUGACCCAGUGAGCUUAAUGGCAGAAUGGAUAUCUGAACCGUGAUCUUCCAGGUCUUCUCUUCCAGUCUGCCAGUCUUCCUUCCUCCCAGAUCCUCAAUCCUGCUACAUCACUUGUGUUCUGGGAAGUCCCUAAUGCAGUUUUUAUCAAUUUGCAGGUUGAUCCAGGCUCUACCUGUGCCAUCUUUGGCUUGGGAGGUGUCGGUCUGUCAGUUGUCAUGGGCUGCAAAGUUGCUGGAGCAUCCAGGAUUAUUGGGAUUGACAUCAACAAAGAUAAAUUUACUAAGGCCAAAGAGUUAGGAGCCACAGAAUGCAUUGCUCCUCAAGAUUUCAAGAAGCCCAUGAAUGAGGUUCUGGUAGAGAUGACAGGUCUUGGCGUGGACUACGCAUUUGAAGUGAUUGGACGCACAGACAUUGUGGUAUGUUUUCUGUUUUGAUGCUAAUCACUUGGGCUCACAUCCCCAUUUUUUGGCUCUCCUGUUCAGCCUAAGGCUCACAUCUGUGAUCUCUCCUUAUAUAAGCAAUGCAGCUGCUUGGGACUAAGUAAAAGAUUUAGGUGGGAAAUUCUGAGGACAAAGAGAGGAUUCAUGGUUCAAGGCAAUAUGCUUCUGAAUUCUACUAGCUGGAAAAUGCAGGAGGAAAGAGCAUUGCUGUACUCUGGUCCUGUUUUGGGGCUUCCCACAGGCAUCUAGUUAGCCACUGUGAGAACAGGAUGCUGGACUAGUUGGACACUAGCCUGAUCCACCAGGCUAUUAUGUUCAUAUGCUUUUAUAUUGCAAUACCAUUUCCAUUUCUGACCUCGUUUUUCUGUGUAUCCCAAACAGGUCACUGCCCUUAAAUCCUGCCAUUUGGGCCAUGGCACCUGUGUGCUUGUUGGGGCACCUCCUGCAGGAUCACAGCUCUCCAUCGACCCAACUCUGCUCCUCACAGGAAAGAAAUUAAUAGGAUGCUUGCUUGGAGGUGUGGAUUGGUUAAAGUUGGUGAUAUAUGGCAGCUACUGCAUUAAUCCAUAGAACUGGAAUGGACAUUGAAGGUCACCGAGUCCAACCCCCUCCUCAGUGCAGGAUCUGCAGAGGGAUACAGCCACAUCAUCCCAGAUAGAUGGCCUUUCAGCUUCUGUUCAAAUACCUCCAGCCUAGGGAAGCCCAUCACCCACUGAGCCAAUCUGCUUCCCUAUACUAGGUAGUUUCUCCUAAUGUUUAGCUGAAAUCUGCUUCUCUGCAGCCACAGCAACCCUGAUAGAUGGCCCUCCAGCCUCUGCUUAAAUACCUCCAUCCCAUUGGCCUUUGAUUCCUAUUAAGCUUAUUUUCUUAACUUAUAAACAGGAGUUAUCCUCAUCUUCUAAAAAAAUUUAAUUUAUAGCUCACACAUCCCAACAUUUUAUGUUCUUUAAAAAUAAUAAGCAUCCAGCUUGCAUGCUGAUCCAAUGUUCUUUUAUUUCCCCCCACCCCAGGUUGGAAGUUAAAAGAUGCUCUCCCUCAACUGGUUUCUGAUUACAUGAAAAAGAAAUUUAAUACGGAUGCAUUAAUAAGUCACACGUUGCCCUUUGAGAAAAUUGCCGAAGGCUUUGAGCUUUUACAUACAGGAAAAAGGUAUGGGUUCUAUGUUUUAUUUUUUAGACUUUGCCCCUUCCUUCCUUUCAAUCAGUAGCAGAUAUAAUGGUGGAGUGGCAGCACUUGGCUGACCUCCCAAAAGCUGAGGGGUGAGGUGGAAGUUUGAGGAGGCUGGGAGGUCAGUGUGGUGAAAACACCCCAGUAGAGUCCAUUCAGUGUUCCUGCUGGUUCAUUUGCAUCAUGCCAACCUCCCAGCCAUAUCACUCCUCUUGAACUGGGGUCUCCCUGAUCUAAAUCCAACACAUUUAUCUCCAUGUCAGUCUUCAAGUCAAAAGAAAUUGCCACAUCUCACAUGGCGGGGGGAGAGUGAAAGGUGAAAAUGUUCAUGUUCCUUUUUACAUGCUUUGGAAACGUCAGAAUUUGACUUUCAUCAAAGCAAUCUAAAAUGCCUCAGAUGACAGUAUACAGACUGUUAAGAGCUAUAAGCAGAGCCAGCCCUGACAUUAGUCAGAGUGAGAUGGCUGCUUCAGGUGGCAGAUGCCAGGAGAUGCACAGCACUGGGAAGAUGCUGGAGGACAGAAAUUUUUGGUGCAAUGUGAACAGACCUACAUCCCCUGGACUAGCCUGUUGUCCUUAGGCACAAUGAUGGAUGCAGUUGCAUCAUCUGUGUCAGAAUAGGAUUCAGUAGCCAGUCUGGUCAGCUUCUGAACAUGGAAUGGGAGGGAGGCGCUACCAUCUUGUCCUCUGACUCAGGCCAAAAAAUGUCUUGGGCCAGCCCUAGCUAUAAAGUAUUCAAGCAGAGUCAAGGCUGUUGCUAUGAUAUUUCCUGAUGUCUACUGAAUUUUGCUAGGGUGCUUUCUCAUAGUUAUAUUAAUGUUUUCCCUUUUCUCUUUCAGUAUUCGCUGUGUUUUGUUGUUUUAAACCUCCAGAAGCAUCUAGCAAGAGGGGCCACAGCUGAAUACAGCUUGCCAUCCUGCAGAUCAUUUGCAUCCCUCCCCAAAUUCAACUGAGCUUUUAUUGAAAUGGUUGAGGGUUUACAACCAGUAAGAGUUGAGAAGCAAAUGUAGGGGAAACAUGUAACCCUUAUAUCCGUUAUUGUAGCCCUGCAAAUGCAGGGUGCAGGUGCUUUUAAGAUGUUGCUGGAGCCCUCUGGUGUCCAGCUAGGAACUUUCCAACCAGUUCACCAUCACCUGUUGCAAUGAGCCAUUGUGAACACACUACACAUUUAAAACACUAUCACACCGCGUUAACAAUCACGACUCACAGAGCUACAAUUCCAAGACCCCUUAACAAACUAGAGUUCCCAGGAUUUUUUGGGGAGAAACAAUGUGCUUUGUGUGUGCUUUAAAUAUACAGUUUGCUUGUGACCUUGACCCUUUCUGCAUGAUCAGGGUUCCCAUUCACAGCAGCCUAUGCACUUAUAAUACCCUUUAGACCUUUCACUCAGUACUGGACUAACAAAUUCUCUGACUAGGGCUACGGAGGAUAAUAACUAAAUGAAACCUCCAGAUUUAGGGUGAGUAUAUCCCUAUAAAUAACACCAUAUCGCUCCAAAUAUAACCCACCCCUGAAUACAGCCUAUAACAGAUCAAUACCAUAAUUGAUGAAGAGCCCCAACAAGAGAGGCCCAAUGCUUGUGCAUCUCCCAGAAGCAUCUGGUUAGCUGUUGUGUGAAACAGGACAUUGGACUAGAUCAGCCUUUCUCAACCUGUGGGUCCCCAGAUAUUGUUGAACUACAACUCCCAUCACCCCUAGCUAGCAAGGCCAGAGCUCAGUGAUGAUGGGAGUUGUAGCCCAACAACAUCUGGGGACCCACAGGUUGAGAACUGCUGAACUAGAUGGACCCUCGGUCUGAUCCAACAGGGAUAUGAUCCUAGAUUCUUAUGUUGGACCUUUUGUCCCUGCGGGUGGGUCGUUAUUACAAUGUGACCCUUUGACAAGACAUUUCCUUGGCACAAUUGACAAUGCUUCUUUCUCAUCUCAGUGGGACUCAUUACAUCUGGGACGGGCUAGGUAUGCAUGAGUGGUGAUAACACUAUUAGCUGACUUAGAGAGCAAGAAGAACCACCUUGUUCCUUUCCUGAACAGCUGAUAGGUACUAUCCUUGUUUUUUUCCAGCAAGGCCUAUAUGAACACCAUCCUGGCUGGUCGAUUAGACUAGGAACUCUGUAGGCAGCACCCAAUCGCACGUUCAUUUCCUCAGACAUCUUAGGAUAUAUGGGUGCCCCAGAGCAGGCUUUUAAAAUGUUCCCCAAGAGCUCAACAGAAAGCAAACAAGCAGCAAUAGUUUAGCUGUAGAGAGUCCAUCGCUUGCAAGCCAAAAGAGCGAGGCCUCUCCAUUGGCACUGACUGCAACUUUCUGUGCAGUGGCUCCCACUCUUGAGGAGAUAGGCCAGUUUGUAAAUCGAGUAGAGGCUCAAAAGAAACUUCAGAGGAAACUUGCCUGCAUGUAAAUUCCUUCUUUGCAUCACAGGCAUGAUCUGCUAAUUGUAUAAUGUGCUUUUUCUUUUAGAACGAGUAGCAACAGCAGUAACAGCACUUGCUAGUGAAGAGUGGGGGGGCAUGCAGCGCCUUCCAGAUGUUGUUGGGUGUCUGUUCCUAGCAUAGCCAGGGGUCAAGGAUGAUGGGAAUUGUAGUCCAAUAACAUCUGGAGAAGAUGUGGCUGAAGCUGUCAGUUUGGAAAAAAGGGAAAACUCAAAAGAGAAACUCACUUUUAAAUUGAAUUCCACACAUCUCUGCAGCAAUUCGCCGUUUUAUAAAAAGUACUCAUGAAAAUUCAUCAGCAUUUUAGUGUGUGUUCCUCCUAAUAUACUCAUUUUUGUAUAUAGUUUUUGACUAAUACAUGCAUUUCUUCAAGUAUAUUCUCCUAAUAUAUGCAUUUUAGUGCACAUUGCUUGGUUGGAGAACUACAUCGCAAAAUUCAGAUACGUGGGAAUUUCAAAGGAUAAUUGUCUUUUCCUUCGAAAAGUAUGAAGGAAGCAGCUUCUCAUUGAAAUGCAAACCAAUUCAGAUUUCUUCCCCAUCCCUAAUCUGCAGAGUAUAGCUACUUACACUAUGGAAACUAUUUCCUUUUUGUUACUAACUUUACUAACUGGCUUUAAUAGCCAAAAAAGGACAUAUAUAGCUGAAUAAACAGACCUUUACAACCACCCAUUUCUGAUGUCUCCUUUAGUGGCUUGGGUAUAUAUUUAGCUGUGUAACUUGUUAACAAGCUCAGAGCUGAAACUUGAUCUUCACUAACUAUAAGCCAGCUGUAUGGCUGAUUUUUAGUUUACGUCACUGGCCUGUGGAUAUUAUUUACUCUGUAGCUCCUGAUAUAUUCAGCCCUGAAACAUAAUAUUAUCCAUAGCCAGAUAUUUUUCAAAUACUCUUUUAAGAGGCAAGUAAAACAGCCACUGUUUGGGAGUUUAAAGCUUUUAAUUGAG